ACGGAAACUGCCUCAACGAUGCGACAUGGGCUGCUUCCAGCUGCCACUGACAGCGGAAGGCUUGAGAGCUGUCGUUGGCGAUGAAGAUGAUGCGGUGCAAGUGGUGUCCUUCGUCGGACACUCGCGCGAUGGGCACUCGUGUACAGCAGCUCUCAUCAACACCAUCAUUAACAACGACAUCAUGCUGCCAAGCACAACUUCGCCUGUUGUACAGAGUGGAACAUCAUCAGGAGCCUUGGAUGCUUGCAGCACCCCCACCACCAACGUGGAAGCGUUCUAUGACAAGACGAACCGAACCAUCUUCCUUUCCUUGAGCGCCGCGCAGGACCCGGCCGCACUUCUCGCGCUCGCAGACACACUACUGUCAGCCCCGCAGGAGGAGCAUGCGAGGCUGUUGCAGGACAAGGACAGCCACUACCUUCGCGCCAUGUUGUUCUUGUUUCUCGUUUCCACCACUGUUGUCAUGGUGAACGCAUCGCAUGGCCUGGACCCAUCAAGCCUGCAGCUGCUGCGUGCCUUGGAGGCACUCAAGAAAGCCCUGAUGGACCAACACGAUGGCGAUGCGUUUCUCCACAGCGGCCGACUGCCAUCACUGCUGGUCCUCGCUCAGCCGUCCCUCACUGUGCGCCACACCCCGGCCAACCUCAACGGGUUUCACAAGAUGCAUGAGAAGCAGGCGCUGGAGUUGCUGCGCUUGUCGUCGCUGCGGAGUGUGGGCGACCCUGCUGCAACGCAUCCCGCCUUUGAGCGCCUCUUCCGGCGACCAGGACCGAACUUCCUCUUCAUCCAGCCACGCGACGCCCCGCGCCUCGCAGCAAACGCAUCGCGUGUCCUUGACCCCGUCGUGUCGCUGCUGGACCGGUUCAGUCUCCCGCUGCACACCAUCACAGGCAGUGCAUUCACGCUCCAGGGUGCCGGGCCCCACAUGCGCGAUGACGACGGCGCCGCAGAUGAUGAUGAUGAUGAUGACGAUGAUGACGAUGCGUUGGAGGAGAGCGUGCCGCAGCUCGGGGCCAAUCUCCUCGGGCGACUGCUGCAGGGCGUGCAGACAAUAGCAGACACGGACCUCGCCGCCGCGUUCACUGCACAGGCCGUGGACGCGGGCGGGUUGGACGCGCGCGGUGGCAGCACAGGCCUGUAUGCAUCUGCGACGUCGUUUUUGAGCGAAGCAAACCGGCUCUGCGGGUUGCUGUUGGCACGUGGUGUGCAUCACGACGCCUGUGGUGCAGCCAACGCGACUUCAGACGGCGGUGUCAAGGGUGAUGGCCAUCAUCACGCUCAGCCCUCAUCCACCUUGACCACCGGUCCCCAGCUAGCGGCAGACAGCACGCCCGUAGCGUCUCGCGCCAAUGCGAUAUCAAAUGUCUUGUCGACGCACAGCGUUGAGGCGUGCGAGCGCGCGUUGCCACAGGCGCUCAACCAAUAUCACAUCAACCUCCCGCCCGUGUACUCGCGGCACGUACACCGGGAGCACCUGGCCAAGGCCAUCGCGGUGUUUGCCGUGCUGGCACAAGGGCCCCAUGUGCACCGCUUCCUCUCGCUUCUUUCCCAGCAGUGUGAUGAGGUGUGGACGGCAGGCCGUCGCCAGUGCGAGCGCCUCAGCAUGACCCACCACCCGUGCGUGCAUGCGGUGCACAGGACCCCGGCCGAUGCACGCCAGCUUGUUGACCUCGGGUCUGUUGCUGUGCGCGAGCAUGACAGCGGCGUUCGCUUGCGCUGCGCGUGUGUCUGCGGCCGAUCGCAAUCCGACAUUCCAGACGCAUUUCAUAUCAGCGAGAUCAACCGGUUUGCUGUUGAGGCUGCCUGCUGCCGCGCGUGCAUAUCCGCCGUCCUUCCCCUGGAAACACGCGACGCCAAGCAGCACAAACCAGCGCCCUCGCUCUCUUCCUCCUCCUCGUCAUCGCUGAGCAGGCCGCCCCGCCAAGUGCACGCAGCUGAUGCCGCUGCUGUUGAUAUUGGAGACGCAAGUACAAUGCCGUUUGGAACGCCCGAUCAGGGCAUCGCUGCCAUGGACGACGCCCCAAAGCCGCCCGCGUGCUUCUGCGUGUACCGCAUUGGGGACGGCGCGAGCUACGUGCCGCGAUCAGGGCUGGCGGAACAGCAAGGGUUCCUGCCAGGCUGCCAACACCUCCUCCCUUAUGCAAUCUACAGCAGGAAGGGUCGCCAACAACAACAGCAACAGCAGCAGCAGCCGUCAUCCCUCACGCGCCGACAGCGACACCGAGACCGCACGUGCGUGGCCAAGUUGUACAUCGGAUAUGAGUACGAAUCACCCAGUGGCAAGCGGUUCAUUGCCCAUGGACCAGACGCAUGCGUCCGCGUGUCAUCAACGGGAAAUGCAAAGGGUUCGGCGCGCAAGUCACUUGAUUCAGCGAUGCCCAUCUUGAUGCCUGUGCCCAAAUCCCCUCACGAACUGGCGCAGCUUGUGCGUGUGCACAUUGCGAUCCCGGAUAUCCCGGCCAGCGUGCGCGUUCAUCCCGUGGUGCAAGUGAAGCGGAACAUGGCGAUUGCCAUCACCACCGACAGUGUUCUGCUCCACCCGGACGGGCAGUACGUGCUUCAAUUUCCCCGCGUGUUCACGUGGCAUGAGCGACCGGUUCUCCUGCCAUCCACGACUGAGGCGCGGAAGCAUUUUGUUCUGCUUUCAAACAGCAUCACUGUGGACUAUCACGAGCCUGGCUCGUAGCGGCAACCUCCCAAAGGUCACUUGUGAUCCUCUUCCCCACUCGUUGUCGUUUUAUGUGCACAUUCACACAUGUGCAAGCGACACUCGUUUGGUACUUGUGUGCACAAAUGCACACGCUCGCGAGCGCAGCACCAGGAGACAUGUAACACGUGGACACCCAGCAGCAACUCGUCAUGCAGUCGCUUGGCCACAUCAACACGAACACCAGCACAUGUCCUCCUCAGCGCAAACAUCCACCCGUAUUUUUCACCAGCACCCACUCGCUGCCGUGGAAGGAAGAACGCGCGCGCGUGGCACCGUUGUCCGCAUCUGUUGUCACCGAGGCGCAGCGCAUGCCACGCUGUGCCAACUCUCUCGCCCUGUGCAGGCUUUGCUUUGGUUUCGUGACGUGUGUAUCUGUGUCUCGUAGCAUGGGCCUGAACACCACCACGCCUUGGUGUACACUGCUUCUCGUCAGUCUCAACUUCGUUUUGUCAUGUCAUGUCAUGUGUCACGCCACUCAUGUUCCCACGAAUUACACACGUGCGAAAAGCACCCCAACAUUCCGGC